AAGUAAACUAAACUUUUAAAACACAUAUCCGUCCAGGUCCCUUCUUUUUUUGGCAGUCGGCAAAUCGCGUCCAUCGAAAUCAAAUUUUCCUUUGCAUGAUGUCAUAAAACCAAAUAUGGUGAUAAACCGCAGUGCAGCCAAGUUGAUGGAUAACCAAGUGCAUACUGUUUCGGAAAAUAAGCAGAUCACGCCAUCCAAAUCGCCUGUUGCUAAGAAAAAUGUUAGAGACUUCCACACCGCCCGACAGUCCGUUGGUGAAGCUGUGAAACUUUUGGAGGCACAAGCAGGAAUCGAGAAAAAGCAAACUUCCACACGUAAGAUUCGGAAGAAGCGAAAAAAGUCAGCUCCAUUGUCGCAACCAACAGUCAUCAACAAAAAACUACCGAAAAAGAAGAGGGUCAAAAGGAAGAAGCGGUCUAAGAAGCCAAAGCCCCAAAAUGCAUCCAAUGAGGACAACAAGGACAAACCGGUUUAUCGAGCCAGGACGAGCAAGGGUUUUCUAACAAUAUCCGACGAGUCGCCUCCAAAAGUACCCUUCAUUAAGCUUGUCAAGAUCAGGUCACACAUCAAGCAACAGACAUCGGCCACUCAAGGCGGUGGCAGGCGUAGAAUCUAGAUAUAAAAACUAAUAUUAUCCGCUGAAAAUUUUCUAUUUGU